UCCCGCAGCGGCCUCCACGUCCUGGACUCGCUGGGGCUUCACAUGCCCGGUCCGGGUAUCGGUGCCCCUGCAGCCUGAGGGAUGCGAGCAGGCACAGGGCAGGAGUCUCCACACGGGGGGAGGCGGGAGCUGCCCUCUCUGGCCAAGCCUAGGAGGCAGCAGCCAAUGGGAUGCAAUUAGAGGGCCUGCCAAGACCCCACGCCGUCCCCCUGAGCACCCAUGCACUGCCCACCACAGCCAUGGAGCCGCCACCCUUAAGUUCUCUUCUCAGCAUCUCGUCUGGACCAAGCAUUGUGCUCGUAUUGGCUGAACUCAACGAAGUGCCGCGGGGAAACAGGAGACAGAGCAGGGCCAGGGCCCUCAGCUCAGAGGUGCAGCUGCAGGCUCCACGGAGUGCAAACAGUGGGUCCUGGGAAGGCAGGAAGAGACCUCCGUUUCCCCACGUGUAAGAUGGAAACAACGCCAUGGAUGUCCCAGAACCGGGACUUCCUCCCAGAACGCGCUUGCACAGAGGACUCCUCCGAUGAUGUGAGAAAAGUUCAGAGAAGGGAGAAAAACCGCAUCGCUGCCCAGAAGAGCCGGCAGCGGCAGACGCAGAAAGCCGACACCCUGCACUUGGAGAGCGAGGACCUGGAGAAACAGAACGCGGCUCUACGCAAGGAGAUCAAACAGCUCACGGAGGAGAUGAAGUACUUCACGUCGGUGCUGAGCAGUCACGAGCCCCUGUGCUCCGUGCUGGCCACCAGCGCGCCCUCGCCCCCCGAGGUGGUGUACAGUGCCCACGCCUUCCACCAGCCUCACGUCAGCUCCCCGCGCUUCCAGCCCUGAGCGUCGGCACCAGGAGCCAGCACAGCCCCGUCCCCCACUGGCCCGCCAGGCCUGGAAGGGCACACAGACUGUGGCCUCGCUGCCUUGCCCCUCCCAGCACUCCCUGCACCUGGAGAGCCGGAGGCAAGGACGGAACAGAAGAGGGCUGUGGCGGCCCGAGGGGCACGAGGCCUCCCAGCCUUGGGGCAGCUGUCAGCUUGGGCUGGACCGUGGAGGUGGGAGGCCGAGCCCGAGGAGAAUGGAGCUUGCAGCCCAAAUCCCACGGCACAGAGGGAGGAGGGCUGGGCAGGGUGGUUUUUCUAAAUAAACGUCUGAAAAGAA